AUGGAUCCCCGCUGUCAACCAGUGGAUGAGGAGAAGGACCUGGUGGACUGGAAGAAGCCCUUGCUGUGGCAGGUGGGCUACCUGGGGGAGAAGUACGACGAGUGGGUGCACCAGCCCGUGGAUCGGCCCAUCCGCCUCUUCCACUCCAACCUCCUCGAGUCCCUGUCCAAGACAGCUUGGUACGUAGUGUUCCUGGUGUGGACCCCAGUGGUGCUCUAUCUCAGCUGGCUCAGCUACACCUCCCUCGCCCAGGGCAACACCCGGCUCUUCUCCUCCUUCAGCACAGAGUACUCCAUCCCCAUCCACCACUACUGCUUCCCCUUCAUCUUCCUGCUGGGGAUGUUCCUCUGGUCCCUGCUCGAGUACCUCAUCCACCGCUUUGUCUUCCACAUGAAGCCUCCCGCUAGCAACUACUAUCUCAUCACCCUGCACUUCUUGCUGCACGGGCAGCACCACAAGUCUCCCUUCGACAGCUCCCGCCUGGUCUUCCCGCCCGUGCCGGCCUCGCUGGUCAUCGGUUUCUUCUACGUCCUGUCGCAGCUGGUGCUGCCGGAGGUGCUGGGGCUCUCGGUGUUCGUCGGGGGGCUCUGCGGCUACGUCGUCUACGACAUGACCCACUACUACCUGCACUACGGCUCGCCCAGGAAAGGCACCUACCUGUACGGCCUGAAGGCGUAUCACGUCAAGCACCACUUCGAACACCAAAAAUCAGGCUUUGGCAUCAGCACCCGCUUCUGGGAUCACCCCUUCCGGACACUCAUCCCUGAGGAGACCUUUGAGAAAGAGGACUGA